CAACUCUAUCGUAUUGUGUAAAGGCUUACUCUACCACACGUUUGUAUGGCCUUCGUUUUACAAAAAAUGCUUUAGCUAUGAAGUUGAACACUAAGCGUAAAAGGUUAUUUUUUAUUGUUGACUAUCAUUAAACACAGCAGACGGCCCGUUUCCGGCCAGAAGUACGAUAUAAUACAAUAAUUCAACAUUAAAUUCGAACACGAAGAUAUUACGAAGUUGUUAAGCAACUGUUGGAAGUUAUCUAUGUACUUAAUCUAAGUUAGUAAAGUUUAGUCCAAGUUGUGAUUUACUUGUGUUCAGUGUUGUUUCGGAUUUUGAAAUAAAAUUUGAAUAACUUUAAUAACGAUGUGUGUCUGUGUCGUAAUGUGAAUGACAGUGAAGACAAGAUAAGCUAGUAGGUACUAGUUGAAGUGAUAUUACUUAGUAUGACUUAUUAGCGGCAAAUUCAAGUGGUCUCUACCUCUACGGGAAUAUUUUCUGCAGCAUGAGUCAUGUUUCGGAUAACAAUGGUUUCUGUUGUUAUAACGUGAACUUGUGUAAUAACAAGUAUUUCUUGUGUUUGUUCAAAAAUGUGAUUAAGUUUGAAUGUUGUUUCGAAGGAAAACGAACACAGCUUAACUUUUGAAGGCAAGCACAUUGAAGUAUUGAAAUCAAGACUCAAUCGAAAAUGGCGGAAAAUAAUAAAAAGCGCGCCGGCAGUUUUCGCAAACUAUUCCCGAAUCUAUUUUUCUCUCACAAAUCAAAAGAAAAAAAUGCAAAUAAAGAUGCACAAUCCAAUGCAAAGAGUGCGACAGAAUUUUCUAAAGGCAAUCAAUAUCAGAAUCCUCGAUCGAUAAGAUCCGAUAAAAAUGGCCAAGGACUGGAAGAUAGUGAGCGUAUAUAUGAAAAUUUAACAACAAAUCGUCCUCAGAGUGAUAACGAAACGCAAAGUAACGACAUAUCAAGUCAUCACUCUUCCAGUAGUACACUUGUUUCGGAAAGUGCAAAAAAUAAAUCGAUUGAUGUCAAUGGAGUUUCGGAAGUAGAAAGUUUUGCAUACACCAACUACGCAGCAAGACCUCAAGUUCCACCGAAACCAUAUAACGAAAUGGCGAACUCCCCGCAGUCACCAAAAGAAAAUACCAAUCAAGAAAAUAAAUUCGAUAACACUCAAUAUCCGGACGUUUAUUAUCAUUCAUUGGAGAAGCUAACUGAUAAAAUAUCACCGUUCGAUGAAAUUGAAAUUUACCGAGCAUCACAGGCACAAGCAAAUCCAGCUUCAGUAGGAGCAGAAAUAAAAAGAGUGAGUACCAAAUUUUUGAUAUCGCCGAAGAAGGAAGCUGAGGUACGAACAAUCAUGCCUACGAGAGCUCGAAGUUUGUCGUUUGACAAUAAUAAUAAGGAAAACGAACAAGAAAGGCAACCAAGGAAUUCUUAUAAGAAACAAGAAACCAUUACUAAGCCUUACAACUACUCAGCGCCAACAUCGCCUAUGCCAAUAAAUCACAAAAUUCCGAAUAUGCCGAAAACUGUGUCACCAUAUGAACAUGUACGAAAGAUUAUGAUUGAGACAGAAGAGAAAAGGAAUUCCUUGAGUAGGUCGAGCCUCCGUACCAAAUCACCAUCGUCACCUAGAUCGGAGUACAGCCAAAGGAUGACGCCUACUCUCCAAGAAAAUUCGAAACAGGAAUCGAUUGAUAAAGAGAAAACGAGGCAAAAAGUCGAAGCAUUUUACUGGCAGAAGUUAAAAGAGUUGAAGCAAAAAGAAGACGAGUACCUUACUAGACAGUCUCUGACGUCCUCUUUGAAAAGUCCUUUAAGAUUAAAAACUUCUGGUAAUCCUAACUGCAGUACACCAAACUCAUUUUCUUAUGUGAUAGAGCCUAGAAGUUGCAGUUUGCCGCGUGGGAACGAUUUGAAAAGUUACUCUAUGAAUCAGCCAAUUUACACUUCAGUGCCGUUUAAUAGAGGCGCUCCGGAAAGGCGGACGGAUACUUUUAUCAAAACUCGAACUACUUUCGACGAUCCAGAGAUCAUCUACCGUCACCCCGAAAAACUUACUGCCAGAACGACGUCGCCUUUACUACUUCAAGAACAGAAAAUGCCGAUUUACUAUCGUGGAACGAUUCCUCAGGAUAAUCAAAAUGCAGGGCAGUUAAAACGUGUUAGUUUUGAAGAUCGCUAUGGAAAAACUGUGAAUGGUGUUAAAUGUGAUGGUGAGUUAAAGUUAAGUGAUGUGAAAGUGCAAAACAGACCGCCAGCGAACAACAAAGUGAGUGCAUUAUCCUCAAGAGUGCCUCCCAGACCACCAGUGCGGACCACUAGUGUUGGUGGUGUCGGGAGAAAAAUUGCGAUAGAUAAAAAAAGUCUUUACACCACGAGUGCUGGACAUUCGCUGUGCUCAGAGUCUGAGAGCGGAUCCGAAGCUGGUGAAAUACAGAGAAUAUUGCAGACCAACCCACAGAAAGAAGAAGACUGGCAUGGAGACGGACGAAUGGACGGAGGUGUCUCCGACGGCGAGACUAGCCGAGGCCCAUCCCGUGCCCGCAGCUCCCGGCGUGAUGACCCUCGCCGCCACACACUCGCUGGCAACCAUCACCUACAGACUUACGACCAUUCUGGACACGUCAUUCCGAUGCCGCCACCAUCGGCUCGGUAUGCGCCACCUACAAACAAUGCCAUGCUUUUCGACGAAGAUCCCGGCAUCAUGUCGGAGGUCGAAACAGCAUCGACUGGGUUCCGUCGCGGGGGCAAACAGAGAUCUUCUCUGCCCGUCGUACGGACCCCGAGCAAGACCUUGGAGAGACCGCUUGGUUUAGUCUUCUUGCAAUACCGCAAUGAAACCAAGCGCGCUCUGCUCCCAAAUGAGAUCACAUCUAUCGACACGGUCAAAGCCCUAUUCGUACGCAGCUUCUGCAAACAACUAACUAUGCAGUACAUGGAUAGUCCUUUAGUGAAGAUUUAUAUUCACGACUCUUCAAAGGACAUGUUUUAUGAAUUGGAAGAUGACAGGGCUCAUCUACGCGAUAUCCGCGAUCGGUCGGUUUUGCGUCUCUUUGAGGCAACUGAUAUCGGUGGGGGUGCGUUCCCCGGUGCAGUUGGCGUUGGGUCAUUCUCAAUGCCAGCUGGUGCUGUUCCAUCGUGCUCCGGCCCUUCAUCGUGGGAACAAGAACAAAACUAUUUCUCCGAGCCAGAAAUUGACUCGGAGUAUCAUAGUCAGCAUGUUCAUAAGUCGAAGGUAAAGGCUCCUGCUUACUACAUCGGUGGUCAGCAGCCGAGCACUCUGCCGCGAGGGGGAUCGAUGCUGCGCGCCUACUCGCCUGCCGCUCCACCGAUCCCCGCCGAUCGUAUCAAGGCUCACUCCACCUCAGGUCCCACCGCGCCGGCCAAGCCGAUGCGCACGUACAUCCCUGGGAGUGGGUCAGAACGCUGUUUCCCCUUCGCCGCGGCGGAUUGCGCUCGGGGGCCCGACCAACUGUACACGAUCCCCGGUCAUGCUGAGGGGUAUAUGUCGUCUCCGGAGCGCGGGGCCGCCAGGGCUCCGUACGAAGAUCCGUAUUAUACGCAGUACCUCGGCCCUGCGGCUGGACGAGCUGCUAUUGCUCCGAUUAUUGACGAAGAAGCCGGCGAUGCUGGUAUAAUGGAUGAUGCAUAUACCUUGUAUGGAAAUCCAAUUACGACUGCUCCUAGGCCGAUGCCAAGGCCGCCGUAUGACGCCAGGCCACAAUUGGAUGACAUGCAACGACUGCGCGUUGAGAAGAUGGAGAGGCAACUGGCCAACUUAACGGGGCUCGUGCAAAAAGCUUUGCAGGUUCCGAACCAACCCACCACUCCUGCAGCCAUUCCGCGUCAAGACUACCAGACGUACAAUACACGACCUGCCGCACAAGAUGCGGCACGAUUUACCAGCACGGAGAGACCUCCUAAGUUAGGCAGAGAUAAAUUUCAAAAAUCUGUCUCUUUUGAGAAAUCAGUAUCAUUUAGCGAUGAUCCUCCUGAUAUGAGCUCACCAAAGCAGCAUUCACCCCAACAUACAGCCGAUUCCAAACCUACCAAACCGGCUAUCAAAUCUUCGACAUUGCCAAGGACGUCAUCUCAAGAGCGUGAUCGUCUGAAGCCUGCUCCUCCUCCGAAGCCGGCAGGGCUAGCGAGCCAGCAACUGGCUCUGGUCCCUCAGAAGACCUAUACGAUCAACGUAACCUCGGAUUUCCAAAACCAGCUGCGCUUGUUGCAGAAGCAAGGUCGUGAUCUCAGAAUUGAGACCCGCAAUAUGCGCCGCUCAACCUUGACGCACGCCAUUCAGAUGCGACAGCUCAUGGGCGAGGCCAUCUUAAAGAUUGGAGCCAUUGCUGCCAGCUUUUGCGAAAUGGAUCCUGAUUCUCAACUAUGCCGCGAAGAAGAGAUCUAUCGCCAGGAUAUGCUGCUGCUCGAAAACGAUCUGUACGAGCUCGAGGCCACUGUUGAACGUCUGCGAGGCCAGGCAGCUAACAGGGAAACGCGCGUCAAUAUGGCGGACAUCGAACGCAUUGCAAUGGUGCUGUCAAAGAGCAGCAAGACUGUCGCUGACUGGAAACUCAAGUUUCCCGUUCUGCAGGAGACCAUGAAGACCAAGUUGGCUGCUGAGAUGGAAAAGGUGGUGCGGAAGGAGAAGAUGCUGGAAGAAGAACCCGAGCGCUUGGAGCUAGCCUUGCGCCGCUGCAAGAAGCUUACAGGAACACUGGUUACGCUCAAACGCCUUGCUUGUGUGCAAGAACAGCGUCUGCCACUAAGCGACGGCCGAGUCUCGCCAGUAUCCUCACAAAGCUCCACUUUCACCGCUGGACAAUCAUCUGAGGAUUGUGCUUCUGAUUUGAGCACAACAUGCCCAAAUGCUCUUGCUCACAACAAGGCAACCGGCGCCGGCGUGUGCGUCGGGCGAGGCGCUGCGGCCCGGGGAGCGGACCUGCGGCCAGAAAACGCCCUCGAUGCGCUACUAGACGAGCUGCAGACGUUCGCGAAGCCGGCGGAGCGCGGCGCGCGCGGCGAGGGCCCGCUGCGCCGCCUGCACUCGUACCCCAGCGGCAGCGACACCGACGCCUCGCCGCCCGUGCGCGCGCGCGGCCAGCACCCGCCCAAGCCGCCCGUGCCCGAGCGCCACCCCGAGCUGCUGGCCAUGGCCGCGCGCCGCGCGCCGCCGCCGCCGCCGCCGCGCACCACCUCGCGCUCGCCGCUCGCCUCCCCCACGUCCCCCGCCUCGCCGCCCCGCUGUCAACCCGACCCCAACCAUCUCCCCAUGCAACACUCCGAACCCUAUUCCGAUGACGACAAGGCCACUAAUCGUCACACACCCCUCGAACAAAGACAUCAGGAGCUGUUAAAAAAGCAAAAAGCGCUGCAAGAACAAUACGCUCGCCUUCAGAUGAUCCAACGGAGCGGACCAACACUGCCACCUACUGCGCAGCCGGACCUCAAGAAAACCGGUAGCGAGUCCAACUUGCUGACGAAAAUGAACUUGAACCUUGCCCCGGCGGCGAUAUCCGGAAGCAUGACGCAUCUAGCCGCUAACAAUGAGCGGAACAUUGACGGUUCACUGGCCCCCGAGAAAGGCAUGCUGCCCGAAGGUGUGGCCACUACCAAUAAGGUUUACGAGACUGACAUACUGUGACCUUGUAGUCGAUGCUUCAUAUCUGUCUAAGAGUUCGCGCGCACCAGGACGUUGCUCGUACUUAAUGCCACACGUUUUUGAAUAUUUACCUACGUCUAUCAUGCAUUCUUCACAUUGUAAAUGUCUUUAAUCACCAAUUUUUUAUUUGGAGACCAGCAUCAGGAACCUAUAAAAUUAACUAAUCAAUUUAAAUCCCUUUUUUUCUAAUUUAUUUAAGCUUGUACUUACCUAAUGAAAAGGUAUCCAUAUUUUUUUAUAGUUUACGUUUGCCUAAUGCGCGAGGGCUCCUGCUGGGUACUAAAAUGUUAGGUGUAAGUAUUUUUUUAAUAUGAAUUACUGCUUUAUUAUUAUUGUAAAUCGUUUAUUCGCAAUUUUUAUUAGGUUUGUAAUUUCAGUAUUAAGUUAGACCCCGUGUCGUGUUCUUAAACAACGAAAUUCAAGCACAUUUUACUAACAAUGAAAUAUGAUGUAAACUACUUAUUGUAAUUGGUGUUACUAAUUGAUCACAAGAAAAAAAUACAAAAAAAGUCAAUAAAUGUUAUUAUGAAAUAAAAUAUUGUAAUCAAUGAUAUCCAUCAUAGAAUGUACCUAUCGAAUGAACUGCAGUUUUGUCUUGCCUCUCAGUCUGUGCUAUAAGUUCUUUACCGAACGCAUAACUACGUAUGUAACUUUGUGUAUAAAUAGGUGUACCUCACUGUAUUCUCUAACAUUUAGAUUAUCUACUAAUAUGACGACAGUUCAAAUACCUUUAAUCCAUGAUUAGUGCCAAAAUUAUUGUUUUCUAAACUAAUUUUCGUAAACUUUCGGAAGUAUACUUGCAACGAUUUAGAAAAAUAAAAUUAUUGAAGACUUUAUUUUGUAAGUCUCUUAAUUUUGUAUUUUAUUAUAGUUCGGGCCAAAUAACUGCAUUUCUGAAGUUGAAUUUGUUCCUGUGGGUAUUGUUGAGAAGCUUUGAUUGGUCCGAAGUUGGCUACAAUGACCUAUGUGUGUGUAUGAAAAUAAACUAGACGCGUGAGACGUCAAGGGUAACUUCAGAGUUGCUUUAUUGGCGUGAACUGUAAGACCCGUGUAAUUUUCAAAAAUCAGCACUUUUAAUAUAAGAGGACUAUAAUGAAGUUUAUUUAUAAAUUCUGUUCCAUCAAAUACAACGAAGCUUAUUUGUUGUAUUACUCUUAAUUUAAAAUUAUUCAAAAUCCUGGUACCUAUUCGAUAAUGAACUAUAUAAUAUUCUUGACGGCUUGAAAUAACAAAAAAAUCAACCGAAAAUAAUUGUACUGUGAUAAGAAAAAGUUACCUAUUCUAAAUGCAUAAGAAUUGAUUAAAAAUUUAUUACAAAAACCUAGAUUUACGUCCUUGCACGGGGUAAGCAUAUUUUACUAAAAGCCACAUUAUUACUUACCUCAAUAAAUUAUUUAGCUUCGUCCACAUUCGUAUAUCAAUAUUGAAUUUAUAAUUAAAGUAAAAACCGUCAAAAAUAUUAGAUAAUUAAAUUCACAUUUAUUAUUUAUCAUUGUUGUAACGAUCUUGUUUCGCAUAAUUUCUUUUUGUUGGAAUUAUAUUAAAUUGAUUAGACUAAAUAAUAUUGAUGUAUAAAAUAUUAUUCUUAUUUUUAGACUCCAAAUACAUCUACAAUCAUGUAAUAGAACUAGAUAAUUAGUGAUAGCUACUAUUUAGAGUAAUUAAUAUAAAAACAAAUAGGUAGGUGAAGCAAAAUGAUUGCGGUUUUUAAAUGUUUGUUGCAAAUCACUUAAUAUUUAACAAAACUAAUAUUGGCUUGCACACUUUGGAGCACACUAUUGCUAAAACCUUUCAAAUAAAUAUGUAUUACAUAAUAUAUAGCCAUGUGACUUUAUUACGCACUAUCAUAUCUAAUUUUCAUAACAACUCUUUGUUUUAUCGAAAAUAGCCUAUUUUUUGCGCUAUUUGUACGAGUAUUUAAAUAGAGCUGAAUGCUAAGUUUUCUUUGUAUCUAUGUUUGCGUCUCCAUAUACUAAGACAUAAUAACUUAAUCAUUGACGUAACAUUAAGGAAUUGUCUUCAUUUAUAUUCCUGACAUCUUUCAAUUGAAUCAUUUAAUUUCAUUUCAUUUAUGGAUCGAUACGUGCCAAACAAUGCUUCUUUUAUAAAGGUAUUUUUCUAGUAUUUUUACUUAGUUGACUUACUUACUACCUAUUUUUUAAUGUUUAAAGCAAACAAAAAAGUUUUUAUAGCUGUUUAUUAUUGUUAAUUUCGAUGUUUUAUCGAUUUUAAAUCUGCAAAUUUUUAGCUUAAAGCAUUUUAAUAUUAAUUUGUUGCUAAUAUAGAUAUUAAAUUAUUCUUAAGAAGGUAGAAACUAUUUGUUUAGUUGUAAUAAAAGAUCAUAAUAAGUGUAUAGUUAUAUCAAGAUAGCUUGAAAAUGUUUUAAUGUGAAAUAAAUAAAGAAAGUUUA